AUCAUGUUUCUGUAAACAUCGGGCUGUAUACAUUAUAUAAAGAAACAACUUGAAUCUAAAGAAUUGUAAAUAUUCGUGCAUUUUAGUGAUAUUUGUAAAACAACAGGUAUGAAAUCUAUUGGUAAAACGAUUGUCGUAUUUUGUGUUCUCGGUUUACUCAUAAUCUCAAUUAAUUUCAAAUAUAAUUACAUUUAUUAUGGACGACUUGGAAAAUCCAUGUUAACUCAAAAAAGUAAUCGAAUAUAUGAUAAUGCAGUGCGCGAGUGUCGGUAUGUCUUUCUGGAUUUGGGUUCAAGUAAAGGUGUGCAAGUUCGGAAAUUAUUUGAACCAAAUCUUUAUCCAAACGCUUCAAUUAUCCCCGUAUUCGACCAAGUUUUUGGAAACAUCUCCGAAAGGCAAAAAUAUGCCUGUGCAUUUGGCUUCGAAGCGAACCCGAGACAUAUGAAGAGACUAAAAUUUAUUGAAGAGUCGUACAAAAACAAAGGCUUCCAAGUGAAUUUCUACAACCUUGCUGUUUCAGAUAGGGACAAUGCCAUAGUGACAAUUUUUUCGGAAACGAAUUUUAAUUUGGAUUGGGGAGCUGGAAUUUUAGAUAAAGCCAUCAACAAUAAGGCCAAAAUGACAAUGUAUAAGGUACACACAGUGGAUAUAGUGACAUUUAUCGUGGAAACAAUAAAUCCUUUGAAAUCAAAAGCAGUUUUUAUGAAGAUGGACAUUGAAGGCUCAGAAUAUUUAGUAUUGCCUUAUAUGAUAAAGAAUAGGAUUUUAUGCAAAAACAUCAUAACUUCAGCGGGUAUCGAAAUCCACGAAUGGGCACGAAAACCACUGAAUAUGUCAUUAGAUAUGAGCAAAUUAAAGCAAAAUUUGAAACAACAAUCGUGCGUCCCAACAAGUGUGAUUCCGCUUGACGAUGAAUCAUAUAACAUAGAUGUAGCAAUUAAUCCUGAUAGUUCGAUCAAUAGCUGACCUUAUAUACAUAUAUAAUUUAGGGACGGACCCAUGAUGUGUCUUUAAAUAUUGUCAUUUGUAAUAACUUUUUCUUUUCUUUUCUUUAUUAUUAUUCAAUAUUAACAAAUAGUAUACAACACAGCUCAUUGCAAACAUAUAUAUACAUAUCAUUGAGAGAUUUAUAAAGUGUACUUGUUAUUUGUAUUACAUAAUAUUUGUUUUUUAAGUAAUGGUGUAUGAAUGAUACAGCAUGCAAAAAAAUGUUGUAGAAAAGGGUCUAUAUAGGUGACUGCCAGAACAGGUAGCAGUUAUUUAAGCUUCCAAUGUUUAAGUGUUUAAAGAAUCUUGAGUAAGAAGAUAAUAAUGGAGAAGGGUAGAACGGAUAGAAAGGAGGUAUUUAUGCAUAUAUGUAGUUAUUCAGCAGAUGGUUUUUUUUUUUACUAGAUCUGUUUCGCGCUCUAUUUUUUUUUCUAAGUUUUACAUAGAUCAAAAAGAUGUAAAGGUUGGUAAAGUGUUUCUGUUGUGCAUGCUAAAUGUUUUAAUAUAUGACAAAAAGCGCACGAACGCUGAAACAUGAGUUAGUAUACGAAUUUCCUAGUUCCUACACCAUCGAUUAAUAUGAGUUCGAGCAUUCUAAGUGUUAAAAUUGUGUGUUGUGUUAUAGCUUUAGAGCCAAGAAGGCCAUUCAAUCUUUUUAACCAGGUGUCAAAUAUGCGUAUUUAUUUGAAUUCAAAACAUAACACAAACUCAGAUUGUUCGUGUCUUGGUCAAUAUUUAUAUGACAAAACUACAGAAACAUGUCCAGUAGUCGGAAGUUUAAACCUAAACCCCGUUUAAUGACACAGGGUCAACGCCAAUGACAAAGAACACAAUAGUAAACAAUGACAAACCAGAAUGAUAGAACAACGACACAAAACUCAAACUACACACUACAUAUAUAUUAUUUAACCCUAGGAGUGUUUAUCAAGGCUUGUUAGGUACCGCCAGUACGGUGAGUAAAAUGUAUAUUUACAGGAGGUUAAAACUAGUUAGUGUGAACAACCUCACUCUUAUUCCAAUAAUCCCGAAUAAAGUUAAGACAUGAAGGGUAAAUCUCAUUAAUGUAUGUGUUAACUUGAAAAAAACUAUGCAAAAAGCUAUCAAAGAUAUAAUGCAGUUAUUGUUUGAAACCAUAAAAAAUCCCACACAUUCUGCCUUAGCAAAUUAAAGGUUUAAAACUGUGUGAGCAUAAGUCUCAUAAAGAA